AUGCAGGCGCGAAGGCAACUAAUCACUUCAACGCAGCGCAUGGCUGCUAGUGCCAGGACUCGAUCAGCCAGGCCACUUACACGAGUACUCGCAACACAACCUUUAAGGCCAACAUCCCUACGUUUGAUUCCAAGUAUUGCAGUCAGAACAUAUGCCAAUGGUCGACCUCAUCCUCCAGGCGGCACUCACCGCAUGAAUAUGAGUGGUGAGGAAGAAAAGCCUGCCCUGGAACAAUUUGGUGUCGACCUGACUGCUCGAGCCAAGGAUGGCAAACUUGAUCCUGUUAUUGGAAGAGAUGCAGAGAUCCAGCGAACUAUCCAAAUUCUUUCAAGACGUACCAAGAACAACCCAGUCCUUAUCGGUAAUGCUGGAACUGGAAAGACAGCAAUUCUCGAGGGUCUUGCCCUUCGUAUUGUCCGUGGCGACGUUCCCGAGAGUAUCAAGAACAAGAGAGUCAUCAGCCUUGACCUUGGUUCUCUAAUCGCAGGUGCCAAGUUUAGAGGAGACUUUGAAGAAAGACUCAAAAAGGUCUUGACAGAAGUUGAGCAGGCGCAGGGAGAAGUCAUUCUAUUCAUCGAUGAAUUGCAUACCCUCCUUGGUCUUGGAAAGGCCGAAGGCUCCAUUGAUGCCUCGAACCUCUUGAAGCCUGCUCUAGCCCGUGGCGAACUCCAAUGCUGUGGCGCAACAACCCUUAAUGAGUAUCGUCAGAUCGAGAAGGAUGUUGCCCUGGCACGACGAUUCCAACCUAUCAUUGUCAGCGAACCCUCUGUGGAGGACACCAUUAGUAUUCUCCGAGGUAUCAAAGACAAGUACGAAGUCCACCAUGGUGUACGAAUCACAGAUGGUGCUUUGGUGGCUGCCGCAACUCUAUCUAACCGUUACAUCACCGAUCGCUUCCUUCCAGACAAGGCAAUUGAUCUUAUGGACGAAGCUGCCAGUCACCUCAAGCUGCAGCAUGAGUCCAAGCCUGAAGACAUCAUGCGCCUUGACCAUAAGAUCAUGACCAUCCAGAUUGAGCUUGAGAGUUUGAGGAAGGAAUCCGAUGUGGCAAGCAAAGAGCGCCGUGAGAAGCUUGAGAAUGACCUCAAAAAACUCAACGAGGAAAUCUCUGAGCUUAACGAGCGCUGGGAAAAGGAGCGUGCCGAGAUCGAGUCGGUCAAGAAGAUCCAAGAAGAUCUCGACAAGGCCAAGUUCGAACUCGAGCAGGCUCAACGAGAAGGUAACUUUGGUCGUGCCUCCGAGCUGAGAUUCGGUGUCAUUCCCGACCUUGAGCAGAAGUUGCCCAAGGAGGGAGAGACCAAAGAGUCAAAGUCUAGUGACGCUCUCAUCCACGAUUCAGUCAGCCCAGACGAUAUUGCCAAUGUCGUCUCCCGUAUUACGGGCAUUCCCGUGUCCAAGCUCACUUCGGGCCAUAUCGAAAAGCUGGUGCACAUGGAAGACUCUCUCAGCCAGGCAGUCAAGGGUCAAGAUGAAGCUAUCAAGGCUGUCUCCGACGCAGUCCGUCUCCAGCGAGCUGGCCUGAGUGGCGAGAACAAGCCUUUGGCUUCUUUCUUCUUCCUGGGUCCUACUGGUGUAGGUAAGACAGAGCUCUGCAAGAAGCUUGCAGGAUUCCUGUUUUCGACAGAAUCUGCAGUUGUUCGCUUCGAUAUGUCUGAGUUCCAGGAGAAGCAUACCAUCUCUCGACUUAUCGGUGCGCCAUCUGGUUACGUUGGCUACGAUGAUGCUGGUCAACUGACCGAAGCUGUCCGCCGUAAGCCUUACGCUGUCCUUCUCUUCGAUGAGUUUGAGAAGGCACACCGCGACAUCUCUGCUCUACUCCUUCAAGUCCUUGAUGAGGGUUACCUUACCGACGCUCAAGGCCACAAGGUCGACUUCAAGAACACUAUAAUCGUUCUGACAUCUAACCUGGGUGCCGACAUCCUCGUUGGCCAGAACCACCUCCACCCCUAUAGCGAAACAGCUGAUGGCGAGAUUGACCCAUCCGUCCGCAAGGCCGUCAUGGAUGUCGUCGCUUCCGCUUACCCACCCGAGUUCCUUAACCGAAUCGACUCCUUCAUCGUCUUCAAGCGUCUCGCCCUCAGCGCCAUUCGAGACAUUGUCGACAUCCGUCUCAAGGAGCUCCAGCAGCGCCUCGACGAUCGUCGUAUUGUACUCUCUGUUCCCAACGAUGUCCGAGACUGGCUUGCAGAGCGUGGCUACGACCCUAAGUUCGGCGCCCGUCCUCUUAACCGACUCAUCACCAACGAGAUCGGUAACGGCUUGGCAGACCAGAUUAUCAGGGGUCAGUUGAAGAUGGGAGAGACAGCCGAGGUCAAGAUUCGCGAGGACAAGGAGGGCUUGGAAAUUGCCGUCAAGCACGAGGAGAAGCCCAAGGAGGAGUAA